AUGCCGGAGUGGAGCUUGCUCUUGACAUGGCGGGUGUGCUGGGUACCUGAAGGUACUGGCAGCAGUGGGGCAGCAGUGGUGAUGGUAGCAGCGGCACCAGUACCAGGGAUAGAAAAGUGGGCUUUGAAAGCCAGAGUCGCUGUGGGUGAGGUGGUAGACGACGACAGAGCCUUCAGGGAGGUGUGGCAGGUGCAUGUGAAACCCAAGGGGCUGGGCCAGAGCAAGAACAUGAGCGGCAUCUAUCGCCUGUGCCUGUCCAGCAAAGAGGUGCACCUGGUGCGCCUGAACGCAGAGGCGCCCACCGUCCAGCUGCAGCUGCUCAGCAUCCGUCGCUGCGGCCACUCGGAGCACUUCUUCUUCCUCGAGGUGGGCAGGUCAUCGUCCAUCGGCCCCGGGGAGAUCUGGAUGCAGGUGGACGACUCCGUGGUGGCUCAGCACAUGCACGAGACCUUCCUGGAAACCAUGAAAGCCCUCAAGGCCUUUGCCGACUUCAGACCCAGGAGCAAAAGCCACUCGUCCUGCACCAACCCCAUCUCGUUCCUCUCCACCAGGAGGCACCUGGGCUACCUGCAGCCCUGCCUGGGUAUGUCCCGCAGGUCCCGCACCGACAGCAUGGCCAGCUCCCCGCCCUCCUGCAAGGGCAGCACUUACCGAUUCCGCACCUCCAGCGAGGGCGAGGGCACCAUGGACAGACCCUUCCGAACGGUCACCGGAAGCCUGAUGCAGUUGAACCCCGGCCGCAUGAACCCGGCCCGCCCGGAAAGUGGCAGGUACGUUCGCGCCGCUUUUAAUGGCUGCUGUCACUCUCGCUCUACCUCCCUGCCAGUGUCUCCCUUCCCCUCCGGGUCCAGCCCCGCCCCAGAAACCUCGAGCAGGCCUUCGAGCUCCAUGUGUGGCACCCCGGGUGACGGCAGCGGUGUCUCCUCCGCUGAUUACGGCCCCAGCUCGGGAGGCAUGAGGUAUUUCCGAGUGCGAAACGGGACCCCGGACUCCGUGGGAAACACCCCACCCAUCCGAGAAGAACGCGCCUUCACUAAGUACGUGGCGACGAACAAACAGCGCGCCAAAGAAAGUGCCAGCGGCGGUCAUAGGGAACCUGAAAAGUGCUGUAAGAAAAAAACUUUCUCCCUGGCCAGGCCACCGGCUGUAACCACGCAACAAAAAACAACACAGACCUCCGCUUCGGACCUCGAGCCGGCUGGAACCCCCAGGCUGCUGCUCUGCUCCUCCGAGUCGGUGCGAUCGAGAGAGACCCCCAAGCUGGAGCAUGGUGAGAACGGGUCCAGUCGGAAGCAGGGCAGAAACCACAAAGCUGAGGAUGAAGGCUACAUGGCCAUGAUGCCAGGAGUGGCCGGCUCUCUCAAGAGCAACAGCGAUUACCUGCCUAUGGCUCCUAAAGGUGCUUCUGCCUCCAAACGCCCCUCCUCCUCGCAGAAAGACUCCCGGGGCUACAUGAUGAUGUUUCCCAGAGCCAGCAGCGUCUCGCCGGGCCGAAAUUCUCGUGGCGCCUUCUCCAAGGGGGCGAGUAAUAAGGACGAAGAUAACGAAUACAUGGAUAUGUCCCCCGGGCAGCCCCUGGCGCCCAGGCAGUCUCCCGAAGGCAGUUCUCUGCACCCCCCCUCCUUUUCCAAAAGUUUGAGCUCGCUCUUCUCCCUGCCAAAAAGUUUCCGGACGAUAACCGAACACAGCGACGACAGCGACUACGUCCCGAUGGCAUCACCUGGAAGACUGCUGAGCACCGUCUCGGAAAAGGGCCGAAGCGGAAACUUGCCCCCUCGGGACAUUCCCAAAGCGCCUCCAACUUCAAGAGCUCCGGACGGGGGAUUCCCGCCGAAGAAGGCUUCGAGACCUACCAAACUCCCUCUGGGCACAAGAGGAAGCAGCGUUCCGAGAGUCUAUCCGCGCGGCACCGGAGGGGAGAGCCCUGCGGAGUACAUGAACAUGGACUUCAGCAGGAAAGCAAGCAGUGCAGCCCGCUCCCUCUCGGCCGAGUGCUCGCCCUCUUCAUUCGGCUCCUGCAGUGACCACCCGCAGUCACCCUUUAACGAUUACAUGAGUUUUGCCACUGAUGGUAACUCGCCCAAAGCUGCCAAGGAGUUCGCCAAUACCUUAAAGCUGUCAGGCUCCAACCCGCCGCCGCGAAACCAGCUAACUCUGGACUGUGCUAGACGUCCCCUUGGUGCUGCUGCCCGCAUCCGUACCCCAACUAACGACGCGGAUGACGAUUACACCGAAAUGAAUUUCAACCCAGCGCUGUCCACAACAACCGUGCCUUCUGCUGCCCGGAGCCACGAGCGGGUCCACCUCGACAGCCCUUCCUCCGCUGUAAAUCGCCUCCGCAUUGUCGACGAAUUCCCCGAGGACGGCACUUUCUCCCUCCGCGGCCCCAGGCCGGAGCCCGUUGUAAUUCCCAGGGCGGUGCGAGCCGAGCCGCAGGGCAGAAGACGCCACAGUUCGGAAACUUUCUCUCGCGCCCGAGCCGCGGCCACACCUUCCUCCCUCUUCUUGGAGAGCGAAGGGCUGACCUCGGCCUCCUCUGACAGCAUCUGGUCCCGGGCCGGCGACGGUGCUCCCGAUUCCGAGCAGGGGAGGAUGUCGCGCGUCACCUCGGCUGGCUUUCAGAAUGGCCUCAACUUCAUCGCCACCGACGGCCGCGAUGCCGCCGCCCGCGCUGCUCCCGGCCGAAGAGGGGCCAGCUCCGGCGCUCCGAAUUCCCAGCGGGGGAAUGGUGCUUCCGAUUUGGACAGUGGCACUUACGUGACCAUCGACUUCUCCCGAGAUGACAUCUUCAGGUGUACGUCUUCGAGAAAAGGUCGGUAA